AUGUCCCUACUCUACUGGGUUGCUGGCUGGACCGCCCGACCAAAGCUAGAAGAAGCUCGGCUGCAGGAGUGCGCGCCGGAAACGAGCGCUCGGGACAGGGACUUCACCGGCGCGCCCCGACAACAGUGCGGCGGGGGUCCGGAGCCCAGCCAGUUUGCCGCGAGGACCGCUUCGGGGCAUCGCGAGACCGAAAGUUUGCGGCCUCCCAGGAGGUCACACACAGAGAGAAGCAGCCCGGAGCGGCCCAUUUUGUUAACAGCGCAGCCCCUCCAGCCCCAUGGAAGGCUUAUUUUUAGUCCCCACAUAGGACCGACCGCAAUAUCUGUCCAACCCCGGCAGCUUUUGCACAAGCCCCUUUCCUUCUCCGCCCAGCCCUUUAAGGGAGAAAGACGAAGGCUGCUCCCCCGGGAGCGGCGGGACUGGGGUGGGCCCCGAGGCGGGCGGCAGCACCGCCCCCAGCCCUGGACUGGGCCCGCGAGCCGCACACAGAGGCCGGGCUGCAGAGCGCCAGGCAAGCAGCGGGACCCGGCAGGGAGCCGAGAGGUCGAUUUACAUGACCUCCGGCUACAACUAAGACAGCCGAGGAGGGCACUCCAGUCGUCAGCCGGCCAAACCCACAAUUACAACAACCCUCCCCCUAGUCUCGGUGUGACUAGGGCUCUCCCCCCCCCAGAGUGUCCUACGCACAGUUAUCUACAGCUACAACAUGUGUUUUCUCAGAGUGGAUUUUGGGGUGGGGGGGCAAGAAAACCAGAAGCCCGCCACGCAGAUCUGUCACCGCCUCCGGAACGAGGCACAACUCUCGGAGAGGGGGACGCAUCCUGGGGAUCCGCGCGUCCACCAGCGAGCGGCUGGCGCCCGGGCCCCUUUCUCUACCUCCACUCCCGCUCCGCGUCGGCCCGGCGGAGCGCCCUCCUCCCGCUCCUCCCCCGCCCCUCCCGAGCCAAGUACGGAAACCCGCCCCGGCCGGGCAGCCGUGGCUCCCGGCAACCCGCGCCCUCUCAGGGCUGCGCUCUCUCGGCUCUGGUCCCUCCGCCUGUCCUACUGCAGCCCCACAGUCCCAGCUCGGAGAAAGUAACCCCGGAGCUGCCCGGAAGGGCCCGAGUGGGAGGCGCUGGGGGCCGGCGCUGGGGCCCAGCCUAG